AUGGCUCCCAUCAAUCCUCAACUGCAUCCUGCAGUCACCUUCAACAACAAAGAGGCAGUGCGCAUGUUCUAUGCCAUCCUGAAACAAGGUCCUGGUUCCAGCCCUUCCUCGUUCACCACAGUGGUGUACAAUCACGAGAUUCUAGUCACGCCUUCUCUUCUGGCUGCAACUCUUGAUCUUCCCUAUCAAGGAUCAUCUGCCGACACGAAUGACGACUUUGUAGAGCUUGUCUUCGACUUCGGGUCCGCGCUAGAAUCUCUCACUCACGACAUCGGCCGUUACUUCCCUAACAUGCUUUCAGCUGGACAUUUAGCUGAUCUUUUCAAAAUCAUGGCCAAUGCACGAGAUGGAGUUUGUCUCAACUUCUCAUUACUCAUGUUUGCGCACAUGACCAAGUACGGCGAUGAGAACUACUCUAGUCCCCUUCCCUUCGGUCCUCGGAUAACCUGUCUCCUCUACACCGUUGGCAUUGAUCUCACAGACAAGCUCAUUAUCAGUGAUGUUCGAGACGAUCUGCGCGCCCAACAUAUUUUUGCUCAUGUCGAUGCUUUUAUUGGCAGACAAAAGCCUGUCAUUCGCUCAGGAGGAGAGCUGUCUGUUGCUAUUCCUGCUAAACAUUUAGAGCACUAUAAGGCUCGUAUUAAGAUAGCAAAGGAAGUCGAGGCAUAUGGGUUACAGGAGGAAGAGGCAGAUGAUGUGUCUUAUUAUGAGUCUCCUCUUCAGUAUGAGUCCUAG